GGUCAGUUUACUACCAUCCGCCAUAUUGUUCAUCUUGAUCCCAGUACGGUUAUAAAAGCGCAAAAAAAUUUGCGCGCACCGAUAUUCUGGCGCAAAUUUGUUGCCUUCGCACACUGAAAGAAUAUACGUUACCUUUCACAAACCUUUCCUAAAAUGUCUGGACGUGGUAAAGGCGGUAAAGUCAAGGCAAAGGGAAAGAGCCGAUCUUCUCGCGCCGGUCUGCAGUUUCCAGUUGGAAGAAUUCAUCGUCUGCUUCGUAAAGGCAACUAUGCCGAGCGAGUUGGUGCGGGAGCCCCUGUCUACCUCGCUGCAGUACUCGAAUAUUUGGCGGCUGAGGUUCUCGAGUUGGCGGGAAAUGCUGCUCGUGAUAACAAAAAAACAAGAAUCAUCCCCCGCCAUUUACAGCUUGCCAUCCGCAACGACGAAGAAUUAAACAAGCUGCUGUCCGGUGUCACUAUCGCCAAGGGAGGUGUUUUGCCAAACAUUCAAGCGGUUCUCCUGCCCAAGAAAUCGGCAUCAGCUACCACCGUCAAAGGCAAGAAACCUUCGCAGUCUCAGGAAUAUUAAUUUGAUCGACACGUUUGCGGUGGGAUAACAACAUCGUUUUCCCAAAAUAUAUACAUAAACUCGCAGGAAGUUAUAAUGUGAACAAUGGCGACAUGCCCUGUGAACUCUAUUCAUAUGAAAUUUCAACCAGAUAAUGUCCGCGUGAUGACUGGUAAGGAAUGCUUGAUUUUGUGAAACUCGCCGACAUUCAUCCACUUAUUUCGGACUGGACUAACGCUUAAACGAUGGCACUAUCAAUAGCCAGUGUCACGUGUCGGUGUGUGCUUUCCUGCUGCUGUCAACCUAUGUGUGCCGAUCGAAGCGGUAGUGUCGAAUUACUGGACUUCAUGUUCGGUGUAAAUGUAUACGAACGUUUUUGAAUGUUGUGAGAUUUAGUGAAAAUUAAAUACGUGAAAUUCAUUGAUCUA